UACUUAGAGAUCACAUGGUUAUAUAAAAAAAAGAUUCAUCGAUGUUCGACAAUUCAAGACUUUUGUUUGCCUACAGUGAUACAAGUAACCUUUUAUGGACAUGGUAUUCUGUGAAAUAUUUACAACCUUGUUACUUAUCAACUUUGUGUCUGGCAAGAACAUUAAUAAUGAAGUUUUAGAAAAUGGACAAGCCCCUUGUAAGGGCAUCGAUCUUGUCUUCCUUCUGGAUACCUCUAGAAGUAUCUGGGGACCAGACUUCAAAAAACAAAUGGCUUUCGUCGAAAACAUUGUCGACGAAUUUAAAAUUGGACCGGACAUACAUGACACAAGAGUGGGUGCAAUAACUUUUGCACAAACGUUCUGGCCCCAAUUUUAUCUGCGGUCAUAUCUUGACAAAAGAAGGGUGAAAACUGCUCUUCGGUACAUCAGGCACAAAAAUGGCUACCGCACGAAUACUGCUUCCGCACUUAAGUUUUUAUAUGGCUAUAUGUUUAAUGAAAGGUACGGAGGACGACCGAACGCUAAUCAUGUUGCAAUCAUCAUCACUGAUGGAAGGUCACAGAAUAGGGAAUCCACCCUAGAGGCUGCAAAAAUUGCCAGAGAAAAGGGUAUUAAAAUAUUUGCCAUAGGUGUUGGUAAAUACCUUGAUCUUCAUGAACUAGAAGGUAUUGGGAGUGAACCAAUUGGACAACAUGUCUUCACAGUAUCAUCCUACUCGGAACUUGGUGGCAUUAAAGACAGAUUGCCAUCGAAUGCAUGCGAAGUGACCACUACCACCACCACCACAACAACAACAACAACAACUACCACAACACCUCCACCUUCCACAGCUAUAGCAUCCAAGGACGUGUCGGUGCCAGAGGCGUUCUACAAGUCGCACUAUUACCAGUAUCACGAUCAACCUAACACCAAUCAUUACCACAAGUUCUUAAGCGACAAGCCCGCUGACUAUUGUGGAAAAAAGGAGGCUGAUAUCUAUUUUGUUCUAGAUGCUUCUAGUAGCAUUUGGAAAGUGGACUUUGAUAAAGAACUAAAUUUUGUCAACGCAAUGAUAGAUGAUUUGAAGAUUGACAACGUCCAUGGAAGGAUCAGGGCAGGAGUUGUGGUGUUUAGCAACAGAACACGAAAUGUUGUUGCUCUGGAUUCAAAACGAACACGGGAGGAGCUCAAGAGACAGAUUAGUGGCGUGACAUAUAGCAAAGGGGUGACCAACACAAAUGAAGCCAUCAGAUUCGUCCGCCAGUACGGCUUCCGAGAAGGGGUGACUCGUCCUGGUGCUAUCAAAAUUGCUAUUGUCAUGACUGAUGGCAUUUCAAGAUUACCUCAAAAAACUAUGGAGCAAUCUGAACUUGCAAGAAAUGAAAACAUAACCAUCUUUGCAAUUGGAAUUGGGGACAAAGUUGACAAGACAGAGUUGAAGAGAAUAGCAAAUGACCCUAACAGCAAGCACGUCUUCCACGUCAGUGACUUUAAUGGUCUUCAUGCAAUUAAAGAUUUAUUGGUACUCUCUACAUGUGCUGUUAUACCAGACGUUCCACAAAAUCUUCAAACAUGUAGUGGAGACAAAGAAACAGAUGUCCUGUUUGCGUACGACGUUUCUAGUCUUGGAUUCAGGAAAAGUGAAGUUAUUGGCCGAUUUAUCCACACGCUUGUGUCCAGUCUCGAUUUGUCGACUGGUAAAGUAAACGUUGGUCGCAUCACUGACAAUUGUCCACGAUACAGUAACGUACCGCUAGGACGUGAUACUAAACUGUUCACAGAGCUCAAAUUUCCCGGUAUAGGGCAGUUAUUACAGUCGAUGAAUAAGAGUUUUCCAAUCAGUUCAAAUGUGAAGAGAAUUGGUGUGCUUAUUGUGGAUGAAAGUACGACUGGGGAGAGAGAAGCUAUAGAAUUUAUGAAGAGAAAUAACAAUUUUGAACUUAUGGUCAUCGCCAUCGGCGACCGACAAAACACAGCAUUUGCAGCAGAUCUGGCGUCCGAUCCCAACUUUAAUUUUCUUGUACGGGUUCCCCAAUACUCCGAUCUGAGCACAUCUUUCAGUAGAAUUCUCGAUAAACUUUGCACAGCCAUAAAGAGAUCAUUUGUGCUUAGCUUGAAUAACUAAACCUUUUCUUCAUUAUAUUCCUAGCUACUUGAGUACAGACGUAUUACAAUUACCAUCUAACGUUUCAUUUUACUGUUGUUUUUAUCAAAUAUCUUUAUUGGAUUUGUAAGAGAGACAUUUGUUUAUAUUGACCUAUUUUUGUUUGACUUGUACAAAUAAUAAAAAAUAAAGUGUAAUUUAAAAGUUCGAUACAAAAUGUUUAAAAAUAAUUCAAUGGCUCAAAACCCUGUAUUAUUCGUUAACAAGUAUUCAGUAUCUCAUUCAUUAUUGUAAACCAAAACCCAAUUUAGUAAAUUUUAUAAUACCUAGUUUUCAUGCUAUCAUCCACUACAUUUAGACCAAUCUCAAAAUCAAUUUUAUUGUAUAUGUAUUUUUUUUUUUUUUUUCUCUGAUAUGUAAUCAUUAUGUUCCAUAGAAUUUUUACUACAACAUUGAAUUUUAAAUUUCUAGAGCAGUCCACGAUUCUAUCUUAAGUAGCAUGAACGGACAAUAAUAAGUGUCUAAAAUAUAUUCAAUUAUGCAAUUACUACGGGUCUGAUAUGGUUUACAAGAUUUCUUUAUAUUGUAUUUAUAAAUUCUCGUAAAUGCUUUCACGUCUAGAUAUAUACACAUGUAUAAGAUUUAUUUUACUUACUUUGUCUUAAGAUUUGAAUCUUGUAUCAAUCAGUAUAAACGUACAAGUAUUUGUCAUUCAUAUUUCCUCUAAAUUUACACCCCCCCCUAAUUGAAUUUUAGGAUUUGGCUUCUUUAUUCUUGAAUUUUUUUCCCAAAAAGACAAAAGAACACAACCUUUAGGAAAUCGUUUUAUUUCUUUUUAUUCAUUUAUAUAAAACAUAUUAUAUGUGAAUGUAUUUUUCAGAAGAAAAUAAAGUACUAACAAUUAAAAAAAGUAUUGCUUGAUUGUUUGAUUUUCA